AUGAACUCACAGCCUACAAAGGCGGUCUCAGGGUGGGCUGCAGAUGAGGCGUAUCUUGUUGGGCCAAACACAACUGAUGGACGUUCAACACUCAACACAACGGCGGUGUUGGGAGAAGAUAGAGAAUACAUGGAUAAUAGUAAUGCGGCAACUGUAGGCACUUCAAUAGUUUCCAUGAACUCUCAUCUUCCUUAUUUAUCUUCAUUCAUCUCCGAAGGACAAGGAAUCACGACAACGGCUUUGGAUAAUAAUAAUAUUAAUAGAAGAGAAAUUCCCCAACAACAACAACAACCGAAUGAAAAGAAGGUGGAAAAUCCUCAAUUGAUAAUGUUGAAUGAGCAGAGUAAAUUGGAAUGUUUAGCUUCUAUUGCGUAUUUAGUAGGAUCACCAUUACAACGUUUUCAACCUACUGCGGUAGAACCUGUUCAGCGCUCUCUGGGAAUUGUGCGCGAACUGUUGCGACGUGGUAUGAACCCUGAACAGAUUGUUCGUAUCAUAGAAACCAGGGAAGGGACUGGUGGAAUAUAG